CCCGCUCUCCCGCUGGCCAGUCAGCGCCGAGUGAAUCGCAACGUGCAUGAUGCCUACAUUACGCAUCCAUCUACUUUUCCCCUGCAGAACUGCCAGUCAUUCUCAACAUCCACGCAUAACCGGCUUUCUCCAGCUCCCCCGUCGGAGAUACAUACCUCGCUGCGCAACCAAGUGCAUGCAGGAGGGGCUGGAUGCCAUCGCUUAAAUCCAAAGGGCCAAUCGCUUGACUGCAAUUACACGGUUCACAAAGCUUCCUAUCGGCAGCGGAGAUGUAGACACAUGCCCCCCGUGGGCUCCAGGCUGUCGACCAUCUCGUCCGACAUCGCAGAACAUCGCAAAUCUGAAAACAGGAAACAUAUAUAAAGGCGCUCUAGAAUCGGAUGCUCUCAUGUCCUCUUUCCUUCUUUGUGCCUCAACCCGCAAGCCAUCUGGUUCUAAUCAUUCACUAGGCCUUCGUUUCAUCCACCGGGCAUCAUGUUCACCAAGCAAUCCGUCUUGACCCUCCUUGGAGGUCUGUCGCUUGCUCUCGCGCAGACCACCACUGAGGAAUACCCUUCCGCCGCGGAGAUUGCCGCAGCCAAGGCCUCGGUCCAGCCAUACUCACCAGUAUCCAACGUCAAGGGUCUCUCAUUCAACCGCUUCGUGAACAUUUGGUUGGAGAACACCGACUACGAUACUGCCGCCGGGAACACCCACCUGGCUAAGUUGGCCAAGAAGGGUCUUUUGCUUAGCAACUUCUGGGCUAUUACCCACCCCUCGGAGCCCAACUACUGUGCCUCGGCCGCCGGUGACACCUUUGGCAUGGACAACGAUGACUUCCAUCAAAUCCCCAGCAACGUGUCUACCAUCGCGGACUUGUUUGAUACCAAGAACAUCGCGUGGGGAGAGUACCAGGAGGGUCUUCCCUACCCUGGCUACCAGGGGUACCGCUACCCGGAGAGCGGUGCCAACGUGUACGUGCGGAAGCACAACCCUCUGGUUUUGUUCGAUUCCGUGACGGAAGAUUCCCUUCGUCUACGACAGAUCAAGAACUUCACUACCUUCUACGACGAUUUGAAGCACGAGCGUCUCCCUCAGUACAUGUUCAUCACCCCCAACAUGACCAAUGACGGCCACGACUCCAACAUUGAGACCUCCGGGGCCUGGACCUACGACUUCCUGACUAAGCUUCUCGAGAACGAGUACUUCACCAAGGACACUCUCGUUAUGCUGACCUUUGACGAGACCAGCACCUACGAGAUUGGCAACAAUGUCUACACCUUCUUGCUAGGUGGUGCCGUCCCGGAGAACCUCCGUGGUACCACCGAUGAUACCUUCUAUACCCACUAUUCCGUCAUUGCCUCAAUGUCCGCCAACUGGGGUCUCCCGUCCCUGGGUCGCUGGGACUGUGGUGCCAACCUUUUCAAGUGGGUGGCUGAGAAGACCGGCUAUGUCAACUAUGAAGUUGACACCACAAACCUCUACAUGAACGAAACCCACUCCGGUCCGCUCUCCGAUGAUGACUACAGCACCUACAAUGCCGGAUGGCCUGUUCCUCUCACCACGGGUACUUGCUCGGCCGGCCAUGGUAUCUUGUCUCAAGUCAAGAAGACCUGGAAAGACCUGACCGCUACCUUCAACUACACUGCUCCUUUCCCCUACGAUUCGCGGAGCAACAGCAACCUUGGUGUUUCUUACAGCCGCAAGCUGAAGAAUGGAAAGACCGAGUCUGGUGUUUCUCAGUGAUGUGUACAAAAUGGUUAUGUCAUUUAAUUUAUUGCUAGUUUAGAAAGGCCGUGAGCCGACGUGCAUAAUUUCCACCAUUCAUCUUUUCUUGGUGCCAUCCUACUUCUCC